UCUUGUCACAAGCAACACUAGCUCUGAACGCAAGGGCCUUGUUCAUAGCUACUUAUUUCCGUCUUUCUCGAAUGGCGAUUCGUUAUGGAUCGCGAGCUACUUUCGUAACCAUCGUUCUAUUCGCUUCGCUGGCGUGUCGAAGUGUUUGCUCGCAGCCACAACCGCCGGAAUCCAACUCUGCCCCGCAAGUACCGGAUCCCUCGUCAGAUCCGACAGCCUUGCAAGACCCUGUUCUCCUCGCCACACGGAGCUCGCAGGAUGAUGGCAUGCAGACCGGCGAUGCAGCCACCACCGCGGAUCUGCUUUCAGCCGCCCCGGAGCAGAGCCGCUUGCUGGGAAAACUUGGUUCCACUGACGCAUCGCCUUCUGGAGCGGUCGACGCGAAAUACGGGGGGAUUAGCGAUCACGUCAAGGAGGACAUCGUGUUGGAGAUAACAAAUCUAGAGAAUCCGCCGGCCGUUCAGUCGUCCGUAACUAACUCCACUGAAAUCUCUCAAUCGCCUUCACUUGGCGAUCGGAUAGCAUCUUUCCCAGUAGCGCUCGUAGUAGCAGCCGGAGCGGAUCCCCGCGAUGACGGCCCGGGAUCACUGGUGGUAGUCCAGCCAAGAGCCUCGGCCGCUGCUGACGUGUCGUCAUCUGGAGCAACGCAGCUUCUAAUCGGCAACCCUGUGGAAGUCUCUCCGCCUGUUACUACUGGUGCACCCGAAUCGAGCGACGCAUCGAGCGACGCGUCGAGCGACGCGUCGAGCAGCUCGUCGUCUGCACGUCAGCCGGCGGACCAGGCAACUCCCGAUCGACCUUUGCCUGCCGCCACCGCCGCCGUCAUACGGCCGUAUCCUCUCGCCAGCCCCUGGCUGACGUCACUCCCCGUCGUAACACUGCCCGCUGCCGCCAUCGUCGUCUCUCCUGCUCCUCUGACCCUCCCCCUUUUAAACAUCCCGACUCUUGGCGUGACUCCACCUCCGUCCAUCCAUCCCGUCGCUUCGCCUCCCCCCUCCCACGAGUCAUCUAGCGCAACAGAGCCGAGCCUCCCCGUGCAGUCAUUGACGGCUCCCAUGCCCUUCGUCCGCCUCCCCGCCUCCUCCGCGCGAGCUGCCGGUCUCAGCGCCUCCUUGCCGUCGCCUCUUGGCGUGUUCGACCCGCGGUUCUUCGGCGCUGCGGGGGACGGCGUCCAGGACGACACCGCCGCUCUCAACGCCGCGUUCGCCGCUGCUUGCGCGUAUCGCGCACCCGCUCCCCCGCCGCGUGGCCGAGCGGCUCGCCCCACUGCGCCGCCCUCGGCGUCGAGCGGGCUUUCCGGAAAGAGGCAGGCGGAGGCGAGCAAGGCGGACCAGAGCGGCUCGGGGGAGAAAGUGGGCUCCAGCGGUGAAGAUGGCACCAGUGGUCGAAUGGCGGCAAGUGCGGCCCUGGCCACGGGAGUAGCGGAGCAAGGCGAGCGACGCGUGGCGCAGCAGCAGCAGCAAGGCAGUGCGAACUCGGCGCGCAAUGGUGCGGUGACCCCGCCGUCGACGCCACGUCAGCUGGCGAUGGAUGCUGCGGUGGCGCCCCAAGGAGCCGCCGACGCGAAUCUGACGGCCGUGGACGUCUCUGAUGCGCCUAAGCGCGCGACUCUGCUGCUGUCCGCCGGAUGCACCUUCCUGGUGGCUUCGUGGAUCACGUGGCACGGGCCGUGCCGAGGACAGGGGCUGCUCAUCCAGAUCGACGGGCGCCUCCAGUUUGAGCCGAACGCUGCCAAACGAAUCGCGCGGGGCGCCGUGAUGGUGGUAACGCGCGUGGACGGACUGACCAUCGCGGGGGCCGGCAGGAUUGACGGCGGAGGUGACCUGCUCUGGCGGCGGCCGGCGAAUAGCCGGCCACACCUGCUGCUGCUGGCGGAAAUGCGGGGAAUUCUGGUGGCGGGAAUCACGCUGAGCAACGCGCCCAUGAUGCAUCUGGUGCUGCGGUCGUGCGUGGGCGCCACGGUGCGAGGGGUCGCCACGCGCAGCCCUGCCUCCAGCCCCAAUACGGACAGCAUCCACGUGUCAGCGUGCAGCCACGUCAGCAUCAGCGACUCAUGGUUGCAUGGAGGCGACGAUGACGUGUCGAUCGUGGCGGGGUCGUCCGCCAUCAGCAUCAACAACGUCACGUGCACAGCUGGCCAUGGCAUCAGCAUUGGGAGUCUGGGGUACGGUGGCAAGACGGCGUGUGUGUCGAACGUGACGGUGAGCAACUGUGUGCUGGCGGGGCUGACCAACGGGCUGCGCAUCAAGACGUAUGAGGGCGGCGGCGGGUCCGUGUUCAACGUGCGCUAUGAGAACAUCUCCAUGACCAACGUCGACCGCCCCAUCGUCAUCAACCAGUACUACUGCGACGAGCAGCCGUGCGGGUCGGGCGAGCAGGCACUCUCAAUCUUCAACAUCACGUACGCCAACAUCUCCGCCGACGCCACAGCAGGCCGGGCCAUCACUCGUGGCAUCGACCUGUCGUGCAGCCGCAGUGUGCCAUGCACUGGCAUCGCCCUCUCGCGAGUGCGCAUUGCACCAAGUGGCGGGGGGAGGGGCGGUGUGGGCAGCAGAUUGCAGUCGUGGCUGUCAUCAGUGGCACAGUCCCCACCGCCCGCCAUGUUCCUUUUCAACGCUUUUGGCACCACGGACGGCUGGCCAUUUCCUCUGAGCGAUCGAACCACCGCAGCGACUCUGGACUCUGCUGCUGCUGACGACCGUGCUGCCUCCUCCAAUGCACUAGUUUCAGCGGAACAAAGGGUGGCACUGGCAGCACAACGUCUCAAGUGCGGGGUGCAGCCAUGGCUGGAAGGCGGCAGUCUGCUGUGAGGUGUGUGCAGGGGACUGCUGGUAGCCUGCUGCUUAACAGGGGGGCUGUUGAUUCCGGAUCUGGAGGGGGGAGGAGGAGCAGCACACACAUCACCGAGUCCUUGGGAAAUAAGUGGCAUGCACAGUAGGAGGGGUAUUUGGAAAUAAAUGCUAUGUAGGGCACUUCUGGUAGACAGUAGAUGCCAUGCACAGAAGGAGGAAGUAGACAACGAUAUCCAUUGUGACACACAAAAUGGAGCCCAGCAACGCUAUUACGGCCUUUGGCUCCCAAUAACAUUUUUUUUUUAGG